UCUUCCUACAAGCUCAAGUUUGAUCCCAUUUCACAAAACCACCCACCCACCCACCUCACCUCCUUUGUUCAUGUUUGUGUUCUAGUUACUUUCAGUUUCUACAUUCAUCUCCUCAACUGGUCAGGUGUUAUCUUUAAUUAUCAUGUAUGUAUAGGUCAUCAACUGCUGUUUUUGGCUUCAGAUAAAUAUCUUUUUAUUGUCUCUCAAGGGUUCUUAUGCUUCAUCAAGAUCUUCUUGGAAGAGAGUGAUCGAAUUGACACUUAGUCUAACGGCAUUUUGAACAGUUCAAAGAAUGAAUAUAAAUGUAUUUAAACAUACAUCUUGUUUGCGUGGGGAGUCCCCUCUUAUCCAUGGAUCAAAUCGUAAAUCUUUAAAAGUAACAUCUUCUAAAGGUAGUGUACAGAGUGAUGAAUAUAAAACCCGAGUCAGGCGGUCAAAGUCCAGAACGAAUCCGGUCAAACUUUCAUACUCCGCGUGGGACAGUAAACAAAAGGUUCAGCGUAUUCAUGUUAACUGCACCUCUGAUACAGAUGUAACCACAGAAGGGUCUCUAGCCAUUCAUGGCAUGUUUAAAAGGUGGUUGACGGUUUUGCCCCUGGUUCCGCGAAAUCAAGAUGAAACAUUUUUCUUAAUACACAGGAUUUUGAAAUGGAUUCGGUGCAACUUUUUGGGCAUGGAUGCAACCAUAAAGAUUCCUGCAAUUAUAUUCAUUCCCCUAUUUUUGACCGUGAACGUGAAAUAUCGGGCCCACGUCACGAAGGAACUGCUCCCUUUGUGGAUCUGCGGGCCUUUACUGAUUGCUCUCUACAUCAAAACGCUUCAAGUGCUAUGCUCACUCUAUGUUUUCAGCUUCGAGCAGUCGGUCAAACUGUUGACCACGUUACAUGGAAAGGUCAUAGCUGUCCAUUUUUGGCAACAUGUGGUCAACUUCAUGAACCUUGACCACAAACAUGAGUUGAAAAGAAUAUGGAAGGACUUUCAAGUAUGGCUUGUUGACACGGGUCUGGACUUUGUUGGAUCGGUGUGGUCUUAUCGCAAAAUGAUCGUGGUUUUGAAGAUGGCUAAGAUCAUGUAAGGAAAAAAAAAAGCGAUAUUUUCGUGUGUAGGUUCAUUUAGGCUAACCCAGGUAGAUAGGAAGCCCCUUUUUGGAUGAUUAAAACAGUUGUGUUUGGAAUUUUUGUUUUUGUUGCUUACUAAUUAUUCUAUGGUUGAUUAGUGCUAUUUGUUA